AUGCGCCUUUCAGGCGAAGAAGGGACGCUCUGGCGGCUGAACGCCGGCGCCCGGUUCCAGAAAGCACCGGAGGAAGACGUGGCCUUCGUUAAGUGGGCGUGGCUUCUUGGGGGCCGCGCGCCUCGCCGCAGGUGCACGUGGCGCGAGUCCGGAGGUGGAGGCGUCGCGGCGGUGGUCGCAGCGGGGCGGCGUAGCUGGGCGCCUCUCUACCGUUUGAUACCGGGCUGCGUCCUUCCUUGGCUUCCCUUAGAGCGAGCCCUAUCAGGUCCCCGCAAGGAAGCGUGUAAGGGAGUCAAACCUGGAAUAAUGACUGGACGGGCUCGUGUUAAAGCCAGAGGACAACUCUUUUCUGGAAGAGGAACAUUUGGACAAAGUGACUUCUCCAAACUAGGUUAUUCUGGAAAGAGUGAUUCUUUCAGUGUGCCAGAAGUCAGCAACAGCCACGUAAGAACUGGAGAAAAGCCACUGAAAUAUGGCUUUUCUGUUGGACCUUCUGGCUAUACGGUGAUGGAAAGGGGGGGAAGGAUCCACUAUAAAUUUCAAGACCUGGAAGUGAAUACCAGAGAAGCAAUGUUACAUGUAAAAGAUUCUAAAACAGGAUCGAGUGGCAUUCCUGUGAAAGUAGUUACCAACCUGUUUAGUUUAGGUUUGCCUAGGGAAUGGCAGCUUUACCAGUACCACGUAACAUUUAAUCCAGGGCUGGAAUCAAGACGUUUACGGAUUGCGCUGUUGUACAACCAUGUUGAAUUUCUUGGAAAAGCCAAAAUAUUUGAUGGAGCAAUCCUGUUCCUUGCACACAAGCUUGGGAACAAGGUCACAGAACUGUCUUGUGAAACCCAAAGAGGCAAUCAUGUAAAGAUAACAAUCACAUUAACUCAACAGCUGUUUUCCAGCAAUCCUGUGUGCAUUCAGUUCUUAAACCUCCUCUUUAAAAAGGUUUUACAAAAGUUGUCAAUGUAUCAGAUUGGACGAAACUUCUACAGUCCAUCUGAUCCAGUGGAAAUCCCUCAGCACAAGCUGACUCUCUGGCCAGGAUUUGCUGUGUCUGUUGGGCAAUUUGAGAACAGAGUAAUGCUCUGCGCAGACGUGAGCCACAAAGUCCUUCAUAGUGAAAAUGUUUUGGAGUUCAUGACUAAUCUGUAUAAUGCAGAGAGGGCAUGUUUUGCAGAAAUCUGUGAGAAGGAAUUGGUGGGGCGUAUCGUUCUUACGAGGUACAACAACAAAACAUAUCGCAUUGAUGAUAUUGAGUGGUCUGUGAAACCAACAGAUAUGUUCCAGAAGCGUGAUGGCACUCAGAUCUCUUACAAGGAUUACUACAAACAGCAGUACGAUGUAGUCUUGACUGAUAUGAAUCAACCAAUGCUUGUUAGCCAACUGAAGAGUAAAGGCAGCAGUUCUGCUGAAUCCCGUUUGGUGCAUCUAGUUCCAGAACUCUGCUACUUGACAGGCCUUAGCAGACGUGCAACUUCAGACUUUGGCUUGAUGAGAGAUUUCGCUCAACAGACUCAUUUGUCCCCAGAAUACAGACACCUACAGCUGUCUAGACUUGCUGACAACAUUCAGAGAUGGAGUUAAAGAAUCAUCAUCAGUUUACAGAGACACAGGGGCUAUGUCUGAAACACAAAUGGAGUUUCAGAGGAAUUCCCUCCAUUCUGAAGAAUAUUCUCCAGAAAUAUCAUUUAUUUGUUUAUUUGUUUAUUUACUUAUUAGAUAUAUACCUAUUUAGAAGCUCAAGAUGACAUACAUUAAGGUUGUGUGUGUGUGUGUGUGUGUCCCUCCUAUUUUUUCCGCAAACAACUACCCUGCAUGGGAGGUUCGGCUGAGAGAGUGACCACCUCAAAGUCAUUCUGUGAUUUUCCAUGGUUGGCAAUGAAACCGAACCUGGGUCUUCCCAGUGCUAGUCCAGUGUGCGACUGCUACAUCACACUGGCCAUCCAAAGUGAACCAACUUCACAAGUAGUUAUUGUGGAGAAAACCUAAGGAGACAAUCAUACACUGAAAUUCAGGGGGAAAGGUGGGAUGUAAAUAUAAUAAUAGAGAGAGAGAGAGAGAGAGAGAUAUUCAUUCUCCUGUUUAUUGUGUUGAAUUGUUUUCUAUCAUUCAUCUCUUUCACUUUCAUCUGCUACUGUUAGGCUGGAGUUACAUACCUUCACAACUUGAUUACUGUAUUAACCCAUUUUCUAGGUUCACCCAAUACACUGAACCCUAAAUUAACCCUAACCCUAAACACAUGAUAAAUGGUGAAAGCAAUUAACUUAAAUUACAACUAGUCCAGGUCAGCAUGGUGUGUGAAUGCAACUGCUGUGCCUUUUGCAAUUGUUAGGUUUUAACUGAGCUGGUUAAAUAUUUUAUGUGAAUCCAGUCAUUUUGAUGAACAGUUGGAUGGAGCACUUUCCUAAAUUUCUGUAAGGGCUUUUUACAAUGCUGGCGUUUCUCCCAGCCGCCAUUCUCUCCAAGAUAAAUUAGGACUGGCCACAGUUACUCAUAACUUAAAGAAGCCUUCCCCAACUUGGGUGCUUUCUAGGCAUAUGAACUUCAACCCCAAGAAUUCCUCAGCCAAUAUGGAUAUUGCCAAGAAUUUUAACAGUUGGAGUCCAUAAAUAUAUAUUAAGUCAGGUUAAAUUUGUGCUUGUCAAAAAUUGUUCGGAAAUACCUGUUGACCCAAAAGGCAUCUGCCAAGUUUUUAGCUGGAGCUUGUAGAUAUUUUCACGGCAUGAAAAUAAUAGUAAGGACAAGUUAUAUCAGAGGGUAUAAUAUUUUUGCAAAAACUGAAUGGAACAUAUAACAGAAUUGCAAACAAAAAUGUGCGUGUUUGGGGAAGAAUGCAGAAAAAUGCUGAGUGUGGAAAAAAAAUUCCAAAGUACUACAAACCAAAUGUGAUAGAACUACAAAAAUAAAGCUUUGACUUAACUAUGAUAAUUUGCAAAAAUGGCAAACUGAGGAAAAUGAAAUUGGUAGAGUUGCUCAUCCCUACUCAGAAUUAUAAUUAAUGUACUCAUUGAUGUUACAGCUUUCACUCAACCCCCAGUGCACUAAAUUGGGGGAUCUGAGAAGGUUUGUACGUAGGGGCAUGGCAUAAUGUAACAUCUGUGUCUCUCUCUCUUGAGUGUUUAAGGGAAGAUGGACUGUACAUACCAUUCAAAUAAAUUCCACAUAUCUUUUCUUGCAACACCACUGAGCAUCAGGACCUGGGUAGCUGCUAAGGCUAAUGCCUUGUAUAUAGUCAUCUAAAGUUAGUGGUCCAUGACUUCAAUUCCCAGUAGAGGGCUUGAAUGUCAUAGAAUAAAAUCUUGCUGUGUUCGUCUGAUAAGUCCCACUAAAGAUGAAAGUGGUCAUGUAUUGCCUCCUGGUGGUCGGUAUAAUUGAAAAGUAUGCAAAGGAUUCUGGAUCCAGUUGAUUUUAGGGUUGCAAUUU